CGCGGGACCGCACUCACACCGUCGCGCCGAAGGCUCGGCCACGAGCGCCGGAGCUCCGCGCCGCUCCGCACCGCCUCCCCCAAGUCCCUGCCCCGCCGCGGAGCGUCACAUCCGCCACCCCCGGCCGGGGUUGGGGCGGGGAGCGCGGGGGAGGGGGCCAGGUCCGAGGGAAGGCCGCCCGCGCCCGGACACGAGCCCGAGCAGGGACUACAUUUCCCGAGGGGCCUCGGCGGCGGCGGCGGCGGGCGCGGCAACGUCCCCCGGAAGUGGAGCCCGGGACUUCCACUCGUGCGUGAGGCGAGCGGAGCCGGAGACAAGACCAGAGGCCGAACUCGGGAUCUGACAAGAUGGCCGGGCUGCCCCGAAGGAUCAUCAAGGAAACCCAGCGUUUGCUGGCGGAACCAGUUCCUGGCAUUAAAGCAGAACCAGAUGAGAGCAACGCCCGUUAUUUUCAUGUGGUCAUUGCUGGCCCCCAGGAUUCCCCCUUUGAGGGAGGGACUUUUAAACUUGAACUAUUCCUUCCAGAAGAAUACCCAAUGGCAGCUCCUAAAGUACGUUUCAUGACCAAAAUUUAUCAUCCUAAUGUAGACAAGUUGGGAAGAAUAUGUUUAGAUAUUUUGAAAGAUAAAUGGUCCCCAGCACUGCAGAUCCGCACAGUUCUGCUAUCAAUCCAGGCUUUGUUAAGUGCUCCCAAUCCAGAUGAUCCGUUAGCAAAUGAUGUAGCGGAGCAGUGGAAGACCAACGAAGCCCAAGCCAUAGAAACAGCUAGAGCAUGGACUAGGCUAUAUGCCAUGAAUAAUAUUUAAAUCGAUCCGAUCAUCAAGUGUGCAUCACUUCUCCUGUUCUGCCAAGACUUCUUCCUUUUUUGUUUGCAUUUAAUGGACACAGUCUUAGAAACAUUACAGAAUAAAAGCCCAGACAUCUUCAGUCCUUUGGUGAUUAAAUGCACAUUAGCAAAUCUAUGUCUUGUCCUGAUUCACUGUUGUAAAGCAUGAGCAGAGGCUAGAAGUAUCAUCUGGAAUGUUGCGAAACGUUUAAAAGCAGUGGCCCCUCUCUGCUUUUAUUCGUUUCCCCCAUCAUGGUUUAAGUAUAAAGCACUGUGAAUGAAGAUAGUUGUCAGGGUUAGCUGCAGGGGUGUGGGUGUUUUUCUUUAUUUUAUUUUAUUUUUUUUUUUGAGAGGGGAGGUUGUUUUAUUUUAAUUUUAUGAGCUCCUUUCCCCCUUUUUAUGGUGAUCUAAUUGCAUUGGUUAAAAGCAGCUAACCAGUUCUUUAGAAUAUGCUCUCUAGCCAAGUCUAACUUUAUUUAGACGCUGUAGAUGGACAAGCUUGAUUGUUUGAACCAAAAUGGGAACAUUAAACAAACAUCACAGCCCUCACUAAUAACAUUGUGACUUUGCUGUCGAGUGUAGAUGCCCCCUUCAAAAAAAAGCUUGUGACCAUUUUGUAUGGCUUGUCUGGAUACUUCUGUAAAUCUUAUGUUUUAGUAAAAUAUUUUUUGUUAUUCUA